AUGCCUUCUCGCGUUAUUGAGAGCCACGGUGUCCCCGGUGUCGCCGCCUUUUCGGCCUUUCUCGACAACCUCUUGGCACGCGCCGAAACAGUCAAGCCAACAGCAUCCAUCGAACCUCCUCUCGACAAGGCCGACUUUCAAGAUCUGCAGACCCAGCUGAACGAGGCCCUGGGAAUAGACCCCAGCCAAGUUGGUGAAGUAAACGAUGCAAAACGGACACAGCGGCACGCCAUCAUCGAGACUGCCGUGAGAGACACGUUCAGCAGCCUGGUCGCAACCACCUCUAUUGAUUCGCCAGAUUUUGCCCGAGUAUGGAACCUCUUCGACAUCUUGUCCAUCCUCUCCGACGACGAGCAAUGCGAUCCCGCCCUGCUUCUGUGGCUAGUUGAAGAACUGCUUGACAGUCAGACCAUUGCCGGUUGUCGCAAGGUGUUUGAUUUUCUCGAGUCCCGCCGAGAGCGCAUCACAGCCAAGCAUUUUGGUCAAAAGAAGCUGGUCAUUCUUCGCACCUGCAAUGAGCUUCUUCGACGUCUGUCAAGAGCGCUAGACCCAGCGUUUUCUGGUAGAGUGUUCAUCUACCUCUUUCAAAGCUUCCCACUAGGUGACAGAAGCUCUGUGAAUCUUAGGGGAGAAUACCACGUCGAAAAUGUCACUACGUGGGAUCAGGAGCCGGCAAAGGCGGAGGAUGCUUCCGCCGAUAGCAUGGAUGUAGACAUGGAGACGCAGGGCGAAACUACCCAAAAGACCGGCGAUCAGCGAUCAACUCCCAAACCCGGAACUGCAGACGCCAAAAAGCAUCGGGACAAGGCACUCGAUCUGGAAGCUUUGUACCCCAUCUUCUGGUCUCUGCAGGAGAGCUUCAAUCGGCCAAAGAAGCUGUUUGAGCCCGCGCAGUUUGCCUCCUUCAAGUCUGGUCUAGAAGCGACCAUGGCCAUCUUCCAGAGCAUCAAGGUCGAUCAAAGCGCACGUUCCAGGGACUCAAAGGACAAGUCCGAUGAGAGCAAGCGUGCACUGAAGAGGAAGCGUGGUGAAGGUGAGGAUGACGAAUUGGCUAAUGGUUUCAACCCGAAAUACCUUACCAGUAGAGAUUUGUUCAAACUGGAGAUUGGCGAUCUUGCGCUACGCCGAAACGUACUGGUUCAAGCCUUGAUCAUCAUGGAAUUCCUACUUUCCGUCUCAUCCAAGGGCAAGGAAAAGAUCGUCAGAAUCAAAGCGCCCAACAAGUCUGUAUCACAUUCGGAUCAACAGCUGAGCGAGGAAGACACCAACUGGGUGCUGGACAUGAAGAAGAAAAUUGCCGAUUACCUCAAGAUAGGCCCAGAAGGCCCUUACUUUUACCGGAUGGUGGAGACUGUGCUGAGCAGGGACAAGAAUUGGGUACACUGGAAGGUUGAGGGCUGCCCGCCUAUCGAAAUGCCCGCCGUUUCACCUCAGACGUUCCUCGAUGCCAAGAUUGCGGCAGGCAAGCUAGCAACAGCAAGGAAAAUGAGAGACGCGCCGAUGGGCUCGAUGAACUGGGACUUCCUACAAGAUGAGGACCCAGACGAGGCUUGGAAGAAGCUCGAAAACCCGGAACGGUACCAGCAGCCCGACCUCAAGACACUCCAGCGAAAGUUGGAGGAUGCCAAGUUCGAUAUUGAGAUGGCCAGAGAUCCCAAGGAGAAGCAAAGGGCAGUCGAGGCCAAGAACAGCCUUACCUGGGUGGCUCUGAGAGUCGCCAGCAGAUCCAGACUGGCAAUGUUUGACAACAUCGACAGCGACGACAACAUUGACAAAAUUUUCGAGGACAAGCCUAAAGAGGACGAGCCACAAGAGGUCGAGGAUACCUCGGCUGUUGCCGAUGCCGUCUUCCCAGAUGACCGGAAGCCAAUAGUUGUCGUGGACGUCAGCCGGGCCAGCAAACUCAGCGUUGCGAAGCGACUAGCCAGCCAACACCCCGGCGUCUUCACGCGGGUACCAGCUCACAUCACCCGGAAACCCCAGGAGGGCGAAAAGGAAGGAGAGGAUUACUACUUUGUUGAUACACAAACGUUCAACAUGAUGCGUGACGGCGAUCAACUCAUCGAGUUCACGGAAGGAGACUACAGCCAAGGCACGAGCAGGAAACACAUUCAAGCCGUCAGUGAGGCGGGCAAGGUUGCCAUCAUGGAGAUGAACCACGAUAGCGCACAACAAGUCAAAGACUGGGACUUCUCAGCGCGCUUCAUCUGCAUCGAGCCACCCUCGCCACAGAUCCUCGAACCGCAACUAAGGGAAACCGGCAGCGGUCUCGAGGGAAACGAGGGCCAAAUCCAAGCCAUCCUCAAAGACGCGGCCGAGCUCGCAAAGCAGCAAAAGUCUCCAGACUUCUACGAGUCGGUCAUCAACGGUGGUGACGACUGGACGGCCCUCGAGGUGGCCGUAUACGGCAAGCCGAUCACCACCACCACCGAUGCCAAUGGCUCAGCUGAGGGAGGAAACAAGAGUGGAGGACCCGAAAACGGGGGUGUCCCCAUGUCCGCCGCAGAGGGCACAACCAAUGAGGAUGAGCCCACGACGACAGGAGCAGGUGGAAACGGUGAAGACGUUCCGAUGACUGACGUGGCUCCCGCGCCGGAAGCUUAA